GUAUAUCAGAGCCACGUGUCGCAAGAGAUGGAUCCCCUCUUCCUCUGGAAAGACUGGUGUCGACCCGAGUCCAUGCGGACAUCUCGAAGAGGCACAACCUCAGGGUCAGCUUCAUGUUCCCGGCCUGGGGACAGCUCGUCGAUCACGAUCUCACUCUUACCGCAGAGACGAAAGAUCCUGAGACGAGGAAGGAACUGGAUUGCUGCGAGGGCGGUACAAGCCGACACCCUAACUGCUAUCCACUCAAAGUUCCUUACGAAGAUCCUUUCUACAAGGACAAGAAGCAGACAUGUCUCAACUUGGCGAGGUCCUUAGCGGGAGUUCGUCCUGGCUGUUCUCUAGAACUGCACCUAAUUUCCUGUUCGGAUCACGGCGAUGGGGAGCGAACGUGA